AUGGCCAUCCUCGCCUACAUCUUCUCGGGCCUCACGUCCUACGCUGCCCUGACGCUGGGCCUCUUCGGCCUGUCCAUCAAAGUGCCCCGCGCAGGCUUCUUCGCUCGCUGUCUCGCCGCAUAUGCCUCCCUUUUGUUCUGCGCUGCCUACGGCGUGCUCGCCUCAAUAUGCCUUCGAGUUGCCGGCCGCGGCCAAAUCUCACAGUGGACAGUCGCCAGGGCCUUCAAGUGGACGAUGUGGCUGACCACCGGCGUGCAUUUCGACAUCAUCCAGGGCCAAAAAUACCUCUCGACACGGCCCGCGGUGUUUCUCGUAAAUCACCAGACGGAGCUCGAUGUGCUCCUCCUCGGCGCGGUAUUGCCUCAGUAUUCGGCUGUGACGGCGAAGAGGUCCCUUGCGCGCGUGCCGCUGCUGGGCUGGUUCAUGACGCUUUCAGGGACGGUGUUUAUCGACCGUGCGAAUAGAGAGACUGCUUUCAAGGCGUUUGAUAAUGCUGCGAGUCUGAUGAAGUCGAAGGGACAGAGCGUGAUUAUCUUCCCCGAGGGCACGAGGAGUUAUGCGCGGGAACCGACCAUGUUGCCGUUCAAGAAGGGGGCAUUCCAUCUGGCCGUUAAGGCGGAGGCAGAUAUCGUGCCUAUCGUGGCGGAGAAUUACUCGCAUGUUCUGGAUGUGAAGAAGAUGUGGUUUACUUCGGGUGCUAUAAACGUCAAGGUUCUGCCUCCUAUUAGCACCAAGGGCCUUACGACCGCAGACGUUGACUCUCUGGUCCAAAACACAAGACAAUCCAUGCUUGAUGCCAUGGUCGAGAUGGACAAGAUGCGAAAGAUCAAAGAUAUCUCCAACUCUCAGGUUGUGGUGGAAGAAGCGCCUCGGGCAACUCGUGCCUCUGCUAUUAGCACAUGA